CCGCGCGGCCGGCGGCAGCAUGAAAAAGAACCCGGGCACUUUCAGCAAACUCUUCGGCAAGAAACAUGCCAACCCGCCCGCCACCUCCCUCUACGCCACGAACCCCCCCUGGAUCUUCACCCAGGAGGCCCCGGAGGAGGGGACCCGGGGCUUCGAUGGGAUCUAUUAUGGAGACAACCGGUUUGACACUGUGAGCGAGUCAGGAACCGCCACGCUGAAAGCUCGGCCCAGAGUCCGGCCCCUGCUCACCUUUCUUCCGCUGGAUGCCCAGGAGAACCAUGGACUGGCUGUACCCACGCCCUGUGUGCCAGACAGCUUUGCAGACAAACAAGGGACAGGCACCAGCACGCUCGUCAAUGGCAACCUGCGACUAUACAGCUCUGUGGGGGACCUAAGGCCUGGGCAUUAUGGCCAGGACUUACUCAUCCCCCCACCUCCCCCGGGCCCAGCGCCGGCACCACCCCUAGGUGCUCUGCAGCCUCCAGAGUUCUCUCCGCCACCUCCACCCUCCACAGCUCCCCCACCUCCUCCUCUGCUGGAAUCACUGCCCCCACCCCCACCCAGCACAGCCCCAGCUCUGCCCCCAGGAAUGGGGGCCCUUCCCCACCCACCCACCGUUUCCUCACCAUCCACACCCACGCCUCCUGACUUCAUUCCUCCCGCACCACCCCAGGCCAUUCAAGCCCCACCUCUACCCCUCUUGCCAGCCCCUACACCCCCAGCCCCAGAGUCUCCUCAUAUCGUGGGGACACGCCUCUUCCCCACUGGGGGUGUCACCAAGUGGAAAUCAGAAGUGGCGCUGAAUGGCAGGCAGCCAGAGGUCCCCAGAAGCAGUCCCCCCAGGAGCCCUGCUGAGCCCAAGGGGGCCCUCCCGGGUCUGGAGUCCCACCUCACCUUCCCCCGGUCAUUCAAGGUGCCUCCCCCAACCCCAGUCAGGACUUCGUCCAUCUCUAUUCCAGAAGCACAAGGGACUCCUCCUGAGGACGAAGAGCGCACCAAGAAGGGCCCCGGUCGACCCUCACUGCCUCCUAGCUUCCAUAUCCGCUCCGCGUGCCAGGCCUACCCCAACAGGGCUGCUGAGCUGGCACGCCCUGAGGAGCCCAGCACUGUGGCACUGGCCGGCCCAAGGCCAGGCCAGCCUCAGGUCCAGAGCAGUGAACAAGCUGAGACGCCACCUCCAGCCCCUCCCCUACCCCCUCCUGCACCCCCACUCCCUCCACCAGCACCCCCACUGCCCCCAGCCGCCCCUCCUCUGCCAUCUGCUGAGAAGGCAGCCCCUCCACCUGCUGGCUUGAUGAAAAGAACCAAGUUUAGCUUUCCUGCUCCCAAACCCAAACCUGACCCCCCCAGCCCGGAGGAGACAGCCUCUUCGGAGCCCAUGGACUGGCGGGACCCCAGCCAGAUGGCAAAGCUCCGGGACCAGCUGUCAGCCUAUCUUUGCAGCUCCAGGAGAGAGGACCGGCUUGCCAGUCACAGACCAGGUCCAACAGCAGCCUCUCAGGAAAGAGAGGACCACAAGCGUCCCAGCCUGCCAGCGAAAGAGGCGCCCCCGAGUCUGCUACAGAAGGAGGCUCCCCCAAGCCUGCCAGAAAAGGAGGCCCCCUCAAGUGUUCCUGAGGAGAGCCCUUGCAGCCGGCCAAAGAAGGCUGCCACCAGCCUGAUCCUCCCUCCUGUGGACUACCUCCCCCAAGACGCGCCAACUCCUAGCGUCUGGGAGAUCCGGAAGAAGCUGGAGGCCCAGCUUUCCUCAUCAGCUGAGAAGGAGGCCAGGCCCAGCAGAGGGUCUCUGCCUCCCAAAUCUCAGCCAGAAGGGGGAAGAAUCUUUGAAAACAGAGAUGAUAACAGCAAAUCCCCCAAGCCUGUGGCCAAGAAUCUGCCACCUCUAUCCACCACCCCUCUGCCAAACACACCACUCCAGUCCAAGGUCACACCUGGACCAGCCACCCCACCCAAGGCCACGCCUGAACCAGCCACAUCACCCAAGGCCACUCCCAGACCAGCCACCCCACCCAAGGCCACGCCUGAACCAGCCACAUCACCCAAGACCACUCCCAGACCAGCCUCACCACCCAAGGCCACGUCCGGACCAGCCUCACCACCCAAGGCCACGCCUGGACCAGCCACACCACCCAAGGCCACGCCCGGACCAGCCACACCACCCAAGGCCACGCCCGGACCAGCCACACCACCCAAGGUCACGCCCGGACCAGCCACACCACCCAAGGUUGUGCCCGGACCAGCCUCACCACCCAAGGCCACACCUGGACCAGCCACAACACCCAAGGCCAUGCCUGGACCAGCCACACCACCCAAAGCCACGUCUGGACCAGCCACACCACCCAAGGCCACACUCGGACCAGCCACACCAUCCAAGGCCACGCCUGGACCAGCCACAACACCCAAGGCCAUGCCUGGACCAGCCACACCACCCAAAGCCACGUCUGGACCAGCCACACCACCCAAGGCCACACCUCUACCCAUCACAUCUUCCCAACUGAUAGCAGAAAAGAACCUGGCCCCUGCUGGGCAGUGGGAGAAGCCAGAACAUGAAGCACUUGCAGUGCCCUCCAAGCCAGAGGUAGAGGGGCACUCCUCAGAGACCAGUAAGCCUCCUACACAGGGAGCCCUCUCAUCUCCAGCCUUCCCCCCAAAGAUAUCACCUGGGCGAGAAGAGGUGCCAUGUUUCUACAAGCCCCACUGCAGCCAGAACAGCUCCAGCAGGGAGGUGGCUGUGGUGAUACCCACUCUGUCCAGAGGAGAGGCUGCAGGGUCAGGCAAGCCUGUGGAGGUGAAGGAGCCCCAGGAGCUGCCACCCAAACCCCCAGCCUCAUCCCAGGCUGCUGACGAACUCCUCAGGCACCCGGUGACGGGGGAGGUGGUGGAGCGGGGUUCCCCGAUGGCCCUGCUCCUUGCAGCCAAGCAGAGGGCCCAGAAGGGGAGGCCCAGGGGGGCCCCCCUGGGCCGGCCCUCCCUGCCAGGGAGUCUCCAAGGCCCGAGCCAGCCCGAGGCAGGCUUUGAUACCAUCUUGUACAACGAGGGCCAGCCCAACUCCUUCACUGUGGUCCCCAAGGUGUCCAAGGAGACUGAGAAGGUCCCCCAGCUAACCUCGCCCGGACAACCCAAAGGACUCUGUCAGUGGGAACUCCAGCCCCGCAGGGACCCGGAGGACACAGAGUCGGGCCGCGGGCCCAGCUCGACAAAGGUGAAGCCCCAGGCCUCCGCGGCCUGGGAGAGACCAGCGCUCUCCAGCCUCCUCCAGGGCCGCCUGCUGCCCAAGUCUUUCUCUUCCCCUCCUUCUCCUUCCCACAAGCCGGAGGAAGACAAGGAGGAGGAGUUCAACUUUGAGGUCAUCCCGCCGCCGCCAGAAUUCAGCAAUGAUCCCGAGCCCCCGGCCGCCCCCUUGCAGUAUCUGGGGCGCCGGGGUUCCCCUCCCCGGAACAAUUUCUCAGACUUGGGGCAGCCCGCGAAUGCGGGCCCAGCUCGCGGCUUCUCUCACUUCUCCGCGGAUCCAGGUCCGGCCCGGGGCCUGGAGCGCUUCUCCGGCGGGGGCGGGGGCCGCUCGCUCAUCAAGAAGCGCCUGUACGUCGGGGAGCCCCACCGCAACCCAGAGCCGCCCCGCGGCGGCACCGGCCGCAGCCUGAGCUUCCCCAACUGCUUCGGGCCGCAGCCCGGGGGCCCCUUCGCAGCGCCCAGCGGCCCGGAGAUGCGGCGCGUCAACUCGGCGGGCCGCGGGCCCCCCGGCGGCCUGCACUUGCGGAACAUGUCCCUGGAGGGCGCCGCUCGCGGAGAGGCCAAGUACAAAGCUCGCGGCGGCGGCGGCGACUAUGGCUGCUCCCCGGCUACCGGCAGGUCUCCCCACAACAACAUGCACUACGGAAGCUCCAUCAACACAUUCACUGUGAGGCCUGGGACCCGCCAUCCCAUCUCCUAUGCCUACUCAGGGGCCCAUUGGAAGGCCCCCUCCUGAGCUCAGGGUUUUCUCAGCUCUCCUCCAAGGGGUCGGAUCCAGGCGCUUGUUUUGGUGGGGUUGGGAGGGAUGCAACUGGUGUUAGGUAGCCUCACCCAGACACAGAAGAGUCUUUUGUUUCCCAAAGACAGAUGGACAACGAGUGAAGCCUUGGCCCCAGGAAGAUCAGGAUUGGACUUCUGUUUCCCAAAGCCUUGGUGUGGCUGUGGACUGUCUGCAGAGGAGGGUGGGAGGGAGGAGAAGGGAGAAGAGAAGGAACCUUUAAGGACCCGGAGCCUGAGUUUUCACUGUCUGGGACUAUUUGCCUUAGCAGGGCUUACUGAAAGCAGUUUUCCAAGCAGCCCUGCUGAGCAGGUUCUAAAAGCAAGGGCAGUGGCACUGGUUCCGAAUGGGAACCUGAUGGGAACCCAUCAGAAUGGCUGUGGUUGCUGGAAGGCUCUCAUGAGGGGCUGGGGACCAGCCCUGUCUGGGUAGGGGUGCAGGGUGCUACAGGUUGAUCUCAGCUUCCACCUGUCCACCAGUUGCCAAUCCAGAGGUGAUACCUGGGGUUGCUGGUAUGAAAGCCACAGUGAGGUGGGACGAGGAAUAUGUAGGCAGAAGUGGGGAAGAUACCAGAACAGAGUGCUUUGCACUGACCAUGAGUAGGGAUGGGGGAAUUGGUGGUUCAUUUCUCCCUGGCCUUGAGCUACAGAAGGGCCUAGAGAGGGAAGACUUGGCAAGGUUGGGAUGGAAGGCAGGGUGGAGGCUUGCUUUUCUACUCAGAUCCAGGCAGCCAUGAUUUGGGGGGUUGGGCCCAAGGAGCCAGAAAGCCUGGGGCUUGACACCAAAGGCCUUGAGUGGUGGUCAGGUCCUGUAUGGGAUUUGGAGGGGCAGCAUCCCAACCACCCCUCCCAACCCCAGUACUAUAGGUCCCCAAUAUUAUUGAGGCCUUGGGAUAUGUAACCAAGAUGCCAGAAGGCCUUGGAGAGUAGGAGGCGACAGAGAUGGUAAUAGAGGUCUGAGAAGAGUUUGCUAUGAGUAGGGACCGUGAUUUGGAAAGUCAAGAGUGCAGGACCAGGCCCGUUCAGAGCAGGGAAACCUGAUCAGUAGGGUGACCAUUUGUUCUUUGGUGGGAAGUCUGGGUUUAGGCCUGUUUUCCAGCUUAUUAGAACCCCUUCCACUUUCAAAACAGUCCUGGUGUAGAUGGUGUCUGGCCAUCAGACACGUCAGGGACCACUACUCCUUGGUCCAUCUUGUCUUCAGGUCUUGGUGGGUUGAACUCCUGGGGCCAGGCCAAGGCAGGCUACCUGGGUGAGGGAAUAGGGCAGGGGGUGCCUGCCUCAGAGGAACAGGCUGGUGGGGGCACCCAGGAAGCAGUUCCCUUUGGGGGCAUGAUGCUAGACCUCUGUGAUGUGUGCUAACCACUCACAGUACCAGGGUGGGGGGUAGCAGAUGACCACUUCAGGGAAAGAGUGCUGGGGUGGGCAGGUGCUCUGAUGGGGCAGGAUCUGGUCGCCUGUGUCCAAAAAGCCAACCACACCCCAGUGCCAGCAGUGGCUCUAUAUAUAUGUAUGUAUUUCCCCCUGUACAAUGUUUUAUACAAGAUUUCACUAAUUUAUCUGCUAUGUUAAGGCUUGAGGGGUGGGAUGUGGACUCCCAGCUGUAUCUUGCCCUGGGGUUGGCAGGGAAGGACUGAUUCUUUCUUGGCAUGGAAAUAAACAGGCCAGUCUGGAUGGCCUCCAGCCUGGUGGCUGCAGAUUGAUGACUGAGACGUACUGGGCUGUGACGAGAGGUUGGGGGAACUCAGCUGGGGAAGGCCGAGUACAGGGUGGUGGCUGUACCGGGGCCAUUAUGCUGAGCCCAACUCUUUCUUCUGACCCCUAGGUUUUCUCAUUCUCCAAGUCCUUUCAAGGGGAGGGAGUAGAGCUGAAGUCUCGUGAUAACAGACUGUGCCCCAAAGCAAGUCUCUGAGUCUCUGAACCUCAGUUUCUUCUGUAUAAUGGAUGUGAUAACCUACCUCAUGAGGCUGUUGUGACAACUAAAGACAGUCGUGCAUUCAUAUAACAGGGAUCUGAGUGGCCACGAGAUAGCAGGCACUGUGCUUAGCACGGAUAUACAGCCAUCAACACUGACACACCUCCUACCCAUGGCAAGACUGUAGUCUCGUGGAGGAGAGAGAAUGGCAGGAACGCACAGAAACAGCCUCUGUUAUAAAGAAUGGUAGGGAGGGGAGGAAACAGGGACUGUGAGAAUAACUGGAGGGUGGAGGGGAGGAGCGGAUUGACUUUGACUGGCUGGUCAGGGGGCGGCCUCUUGAAAGGGUGCAGUUUAUGUGGUUCCAGCCAAGCAUCCAUCAUGUAUCUGGCACUCAGUGAUUGCUCAAUAAACUGCAUCUUGUCUGUGGC